AUGGCGAGCCUUUUAAAUGCAAUGAGCAUGCAUCUUGCUCUCGAGAGAAGCCCCUUGAUCAAGUUCCGGCUUCACAUCAUCAUCGGCGCUCUAUUAUCCAUUAUUUUCAUCCUUCUCAUUGCACGCGUGGCAGACAAGGGCACUCCGAAGACGAGACUUAACAUAUGGGGCAUUAUCGUUUGUGUCAAGUCCGGCGUUUUCAUGGCCUAUCAAAUCAUGACUAGCCACAUGGAUCGCCUGAAACGAUGGGGAAGCACAAAGGCUUAUAUGAUCCUCAACAUCAUAGAUACUGUAUUCUGGUUUGCAUUAUUUGUUCUUACUAUCAUGGGAACUCAAGGAUCAACAACCGAGAGUAGCCGAGCCCUUGGUGUUAUGAGCUUUGUUUGUAUUCGUGAUCGGCGAUUCUAUAAAGCGCAUGGUUACCUUCCUGGGCCUACCAUGGGAAAGCCUUCUCCUCUUCAAUCGGACUAUUGA